AGGAAAAGUGAGGGGGAAAGGAAGAGGAAGGAUUGAAAGAAGGCCUUUUCCAGCCGGUUCACACACUACCGCAUAUUUAGCAAGAGCAGGCACAGAAGACAAAGUCAGGAUGUGACAUCAUCCGCAGGAAGGGAAGCGAAACGACUGCUUUUUCUUGACUUGUGCUUUGCUACGGUGUGUAGUUGGACGUCUGUUUGAGGGCCUGGAGGGGGGGGGGGGGGUGGUAAGGUGGGGGAUAUAGGGGGGAGGAGAAGGGGGUGAAGCAGCUGGAGCUGUCCUCUAAAAUCCACUCCAGCGUCUCCCAAAGCUUUCGCCAAGAUUGUGGAGCCGCCUCUGUAGGAUAUCAACCAGUGAGCAUCCCAACAUCUGGAACCAGUUUUGACCAGGCUCUUCCUCUGUUGUGACAUCAUCCAGGCCAGAAACUGCCUUCUCUCAAAAAGUCAAAAGCCUAAACUGAGGACUACAAACUGUACAUCAAACUGCUGAGGCCAUGGCUUUAUGUUUGGGUCAGGUGUUCAGCAAAGACAAAACGUUCCGGCCUAGGAAACGUUUUGAACCCGGCACACAGCGUUUUGAACUGUACAAGAAGGCUCAAGCCUCACUCAAGUCUGGCCUUGACCUCAGGAAGGUUGUGCAGCUGCCCGAUGGAGAAAACCACAAUGACUGGAUUGCCGUGCACGUGGUGGAUUUCUUUAACAGGAUCAACCUGAUCUACGGCACGGUCAGCGAGUACUGCACCGAACGUACCUGUCCGAUCAUGUCGGGGGGGCUUAGGUACGAGUACAGGUGGCAGGAUGGCGACGACUACAGGAAACCCACGAAGCUGCCCGCUCUCAAGUACAUGAACCUGAUGAUGGACUGGAUAGAGUCGCUCAUCAACAAUGAGGAAAUCUUCCCCACCAGAGUAGGUGUUCCUUUCCCCAAGAAUUUCCAGCAGGUGUGCAAGAAGAUCCUGAGCCGACUCUUCAGGGUGUUUGUGCACGUUUACAUCCAUCACUUUGACAGCAUCUGCAGCAUGGGCGCCGAGGCCCACAUCAAUACCUGCUACAAGCACUACUACUUCUUCAUCUCUGAGUUCAACCUCAUUGACCACUCUGAACUUGAGCCCCUGAAAGAGAUGACUGAGAAGAUUUGCAAUUAAACUUCAAAUAUGAAGAAGACAAUGCUCACCUUCAAUGGACUCUAAACUUUAAAGAACUUUUGAACGUGUAAUAUUACAAUGUGAGCGGUGCGAGUGUGACUGUGAAUUUUUACUAUCCAACCACACUUUUUUCAGGUGGUGUUAAUAUGUGUGUUACUAAUGGUAACAAUGUUGCCGUCGUUACGUGACUGAGCUGGUUAAUGAUUUCCUGUCUUUCCUCCUGUCUUAAAUUCUCUGCAUGUAUUAUGGUUGACCUUUAUAAAAUAUUUUGAGCAA